GUCUGGAGAUGUGAUUGCAAUUCUCUCCCUCCACCCCAAUACUCUUUUGAGAGAACCCAACUUGUGCUUCCAUCUGGAGAGUGCAGUUGCGCUGAGCAGAAACUAUAAACCAGUGCACCAGUAAAUGAUUAACACAGAGAGUGCAAUAUGGAAGAAAGUGAGGAUGUGCCAAAAGAUUUUAUCAAGCUCAAGUCUGAAAAGCUCUCUGUAGAUGAAGUGUCAGAGCUGGUUGUUUCACCAUCCUGUGGGGCAGUGUCUCUGUUUAUUGGUACCACAAGAAAUAAUUUUAAAGGAAGAAAAGUGAUUCACUUAGAAUAUGAAGCAUAUUCUUCAAUGGCAGAGACUGAAAUAAAGAAAAUCUGCAGAGAUGUUAGACAGAAAUGGCCUUCAGUCAAACAUAUUGCAGUGCACCAUAGACUUGGUGUGGUUCCAAUAACUGAAGCAAGUGUAAUUAUUGCAGUCUCCUCUCCACACAGAGUAGAAUCCCUUGAAGCUGUAACGUACUGCAUCAAUACCUUAAAAGCAUCUGUCCCCAUAUGGAAAAAGCCACAGGUUUUCGUGAGAGCCCAGAGCAGAGAGUUUCACUCACAUGAAGAGUGAGUGAGAAGAAGAGGAACAGAAGCAUGCCUGAGCACUAGCCUGACCUCAAAUCCAAGCCUAACUCCAAGCUAACUCCAAACUCCACCCCUGCUACUGACAUAAACUAGAGACAAACAUCAUCCCCACUUUUGUGGGUCCAAAAGCCAUUCUCUCCUUCUCAGCAUGUGUACUUUUGCUCAUUCCAGGGCAUUAUUUGCCUCCCAUUUUCCCUGCCCUCAAAACUAACUGCAAUCCAGACAUCUGCUUAUACCAAGGAACCAUCACUUCUAAAACUUGAUAUUCAGAAGCUAAUUUUACUUCUGCUACCCCCGAAACUAACCUUGGAGCUGCUGCAUGGUAUAAACAGGAAAACGUAAGAUAAAACAAAACAAAUUUUUCUCAUUUUAAAUCCAAAUUUAAAUCUAUGCCAGGUAAAGAAACUUAAUUUUGUCUUUCAUUAGUCUUGUACUCCUCACAGUUUACUGGGACUUAUUUUAUUUACUUAUUUUUCUGUAUUCCUUGUAGAUUUGCAGAGUCUGUAAAUCUCAAUGUCAUACCUAUGUUGCAGGCCAAAUCGUGCCACUCUAUACACAGAAUUCCCACUUAGAACUGAUGGUUACUAAUGGUGAUUUUCAGAAAUGAACAGAGCUAUUAAACUCGUUCCAUUAUUUGACUGAACUAGUCUAACCUGUCAUCAACACCUGCCUGAGAAAAAAGUAUUAACUGACUUAUGCCAAAAUUAGCCCUCUACUCUUAAUUGCUAGCCUUAACAGCUCUAGGAAAUAACAUGAUUUUUAUUUCUUUUGUAUUCUUUUCCUUACUUAUACCUAAUACCAGCCUUAAUCUACAUAAGAAAUCAGAAAGCCGUAUCUGCCUUUCAAAAUUAACAUAAACCAUUGCAGUAGGGAGUUACACAACACUGCUCUGGGAAAAUGCAUGUAUAUCUUUCUGAAACAUCAGAAGUGAAGACAGCAAGGAAGUAUCUGGCUAGCAUCCUGCUAACUACAAAACUUUUUUUUACUGUAAGUAGACAGGAUGCAUGAGGCAAAGUGAAACGGAAUAUGACAGGAAAGAAUGGAAGAAAGUAGCAUUAAAAUACUUGAGACUGCUUGUUUCCAAAUAAACUGUAUCAUGUAUAAUGUAUUAAUUAAGGCUCUUUUUCAGCCAUGGGUUAUUUUUACAAAACUUCUUUAUGUGUCCUUGCAGACCAUCUUUACAAAAUACUAUAGUGAGUAUAAUGUAGUAUUGCUACUGAUGUUAUUAUUUAUCUCCCCAAUCAUUCUCCAACACUGUAUACAAAGCAAUGGCACUAGGAAGUCAAAUGAAGUUCAGCAGCAAUGCCUCACCAAACAAGCUGCAGGAGUGGCAGAUCAAAGUGCAACAGGAAUUAUUUCUGGGAAAUUACACCAUGAAAAAGCUAGUAAUCAGCAAACUGUGUUGUAGCAGAAAGCAAAAUCAAAAUUCACAGCAAAGGGCUGAAAUCCCAGCUGUUGUCAGAGCAUGUUUUAUAUUUUCUGUUUGUUUUGGUUUUUUUCCCCCCCUCUCUUUUAAUGUAUUUGC